AUGGCUCGAGUUAGUGAUACUGCUUCAAAAGAUAAAUUAAAAGAUUUAAGUGGUCCCACUAUUAUUGAGUUAUUAUCAACAUCAACAUCCUCAAUAUCAGAAAAAUAUAAAAACCAAUUUAACAUUGCCAACAAAGAAGUUGUACCAGAUGAUUUUACUGAAAUACAAAAGGUGGUAAUUCAAUGGUGUGAUAAGGAGAAACUUGAUGUUGUGCUGACGACAGGUGGUACAGGAUUUGGUGUCAGAGAUAUUACACCAGAAGCUAUACAACCUUUAUUAAAUAAAACAUCACCUGGGAUAACUCAUUUAUUGAUCUCAUCAUCACUUCAGAAAACACCAUUUGCAGCCUUAAGUAGACCAAUUAGUGGUAUACGUGGUGAGACAAUUGUCAUAACAUUACCUGGUAGUCCUAAAGCUGUAAAAGAAAAUUUGGAAGCCAUUAUAAACAUCUUACCUCAUGCAAUUGAUUUAGUUAAAGGUGGCACUGGUGAAAAUGUUCAUACAAAAUUAACUGGUAAUAGUGGUGGUGGUCAUGAUUGUUCACAUAAUCAUAAUUAUGAUGAUAAACAGAAAACAAUUAAACCUGAUUUACUUUCAUGCCCUGUCACAAAACGUCAACGCAAAUCACCAUACCCAAUGAUUUCAGUUGAAGAAGCAUUGAAAAUCAUUGAAAAUGAUGUUCAAGAACUAUCAAAAGUUGUUAUAACUGUUCCUGUCAAUGAAAAUUUGAUUGGUUAUGUUUUUGCAGAAGAUGUUUUGGCAAAUGAAAAUGUUCCAGGGUAUCGUGCUUCAACUGUCGAUGGAUAUGCUGUUAUUAGAAUUUAUCCUGUUGUGGGAACUUCUAUUGCUAGUGGUAUUGGAUCAGAAAAAUUGAUGAUAAAAUCAGGUCAAAUUGCUAGAAUCACAACUGGAGGACCUGUUCCUAAUGGUGCUAAUGCUGUUGUUAUGGUUGAAGAUACUUCUCUUGUUAAAGCAUCCGAAGAUAAUCUGACUGAACAAUCUGUGGAGAUCCAUGUUCAAGUAAAUGAAAUGGAAAAUAUUAGAGAGAUUGGAUCAGACACCAGUAUUGGUAUGAUUGUUGCUAGAAAAGGUGAAUUGGUGUCAGCUGUAGGUGGUGAGAUAGGUGUUUUGGCAUCAGUAGGAGUUAAAGAAGUAAAAGUUUAUAAAAAAAUGGUGUUUGGAAUAUUGUCCACUGGUAAUGAAGUGAUUGAUUAUAAGGACACAAAUGAACUAAAAUAUGGGCAAAUACGUGAUAGUAAUCGACCUACACUUUUGUCAAUUGCAAAAGCUAUUGGAUUUGAAGUUUUUGAUUUUGGGAUUGCUAAGUUGGAAAAAACCAUCAGAACAGCAUUAAAUCAAGUAGAUAUACUUGUAACAACAGGUGGUGUAUCAAUGGGUGAAUAUGAUUUACUUAAACCUGUCUUAGAACAUUCUUUAGGUGCUACUAUACAUUUUGGUAGACUAAAUAUGAAACCAGGGAAACCAACUACUUUUGCAACACUUAAACAGCCCUCAAAAAAAUUGAUUUUUGCUUUACCAGGAAAUCCUGUUUCUACCACAGUUACAUUUUAUUUAUUUGUAUUACCUGUACUUAAGAAAUUGUCUGGUUAUGAAAUUUAUAAAUCUCCAAUUGUAAAAGUUGAGAUUAGAAAUAAUAUUAAACUUGAUCCAAGACCAGAAUAUCAUCGAAUAAUUAUAAACUUUGAUCAUUUGAAUAAUAAAUUAAUGGCUACAUCUACUGGUAAUCAAAUUAGUAGUUGUAUGAUGAGUUUAAAAAGUUGUAAUGGAUUAUUGCAAUUGCCGGGUAGGACUAAUACACAAACAAUUCUUGAAAAAGGGACAAUCAUUGAUGCUAUGUUGAUUGGUCAAUUGAUUUAA